CGCACGAUAGAAAAAGCCUCGCGCCGCAUGCUGGAAACGUUGCCGUUUUCCAAGCUGCGGGAGGGAAAAGGGACGGACAGGAACCCAACAAUUUCUGCUCCGCCUGCCACCCACGAACAGCGAGCCACCGCAGCCCGCCAGCAGAUCGCAACGCCCCCCUCCUCGCCCCCCUGAAAUCUAGCCAGCCACCGUCCCCUCUCUCUCUCUGCCAAGAAAGGCUUCCACGUUGACAUCGCGGGUGGUGCUGUAGAGCGCGCGCGCGCGCGCCAGCCAUGCGCCCGUGAUGGCCCGGCCGUUCCAGAAGAUCGGCCACGGCCUCGAUAGGUUCUCGUUCAGGCGGCGGAGGUCGGCGUCCUCCUCCUCGUCGUCGUCGCGAUUGUCGCUGGCCACGGAGGGCACGGACACCUGCCCCAUGGAGGGGCCGCCGCCGCCGGCGCCUUCCGCCAGGCGGAAUCUGUCGAGGAGCUGUGGGUCCAAGGGGAGCCGGCUGUCGGUUGACCUUCCCCCACCGCUGGCCGGGGGGCCGUCGGAUAAGGCGGCGGCCGGGAGCUCGUCGUCGCCCGCGGUGCCGCCCAGGCCGGUCCGGCAUGAGGGCCCGCCCUCAGAUGCGGAGAUGGUGAAGGAGAAGUUCUCCAAGCUGCUGCUCGGAGAGGACAUGUCCGGCACCGGCAAGGGGGUGUCCUCUGCUCUUGCCCUCUCGAACGCCAUCACUAAUCUUGCUGCUUCCGUGUUUGGUGAGCAGCGCCGUCUGCAGCCGAUGGCGGCCGACCAGAAAGCGCGGUGGACGAAGGAGAUCGACUGGCUUUUGUCAGUCGCCGAUCACAUUGUCGAAUUUGUUCCUUCGCAGCAGGUGUCCGAGAACGGGACCUGCAUGGAAAUUAUGGUAACCCAGCAGCGUCAAGAUCUACAAAUGAACAUCCCUGCAUUGCGCAAGCUCGAUGCAAUGCUCCUUGAAUAUCUUGAUAGUUUCAACGACAAGCAGGAGUUCUGGUAUGUGUCGAAAGAUGCAGACGAAUCGGAGAAGGGCAAUAUGCCGAGGCAGGAUGACAAAUGGUGGCUCCCAACUGUUAGGGUCCCUCCUAAUGGUCUGUCAGAUGCAUACAGGAAAUGGCUUCAGCACCAGAAGGAUCUUGUUGCACAAGUGCUGAAGGCAGCAAUGGCCAUCAAUGCUAAUAUUCUUAUGGAAAUGGAGGUUCCAGAAUCAUACAUGGAGUCCCUACCAAAGAAUGGGAAGUCCACCCUUGGAGAUUCAAUGUACAAACUUAUAACUGACGAUUAUUUUGACCCUGAAGAACUUUUAAGUUCUGUAGACUUGUCUGAUGAACACAAUAUUGUUGAUCUGAAGAACCGAGUUGAAGCCUCAGUAGUCAUCUGGCAGAAGAAAAUGACCCACAAGGACAGCAAAUUGUCGUGGGGACAUGGGGUCAGUCACGAGAAGAGGGGAAUGUUUGAAGGGAGGGCAGAGAACGUUUUUCUCCUUAUCAAGCACCGAUUUCCUGGCAUUGCUCAAUCAACUCUAGAUAUAAGCAAAAUCCAAUGCAACAGGGAUGUUGGCCUUGCCAUUUUGGAGAGUUACUCUAGGACUCUCGAGAGCUUAGCUUUCACAGUUAUGUCUCGAAUCGAAGAUGUUCUCAACGCCGACUUGGCUGCUCAAGAUCCAAAGAACGUGGAUUCAAUGAGAAUCCUCAGUUUAACUUCAGACGACACAGAUAAGGUUGUCUCAGAUGCUAAGGCCGAGGUAGAGAAGUUGAGGAGAAUGGAACCAGUUACAGCGACGCUGUUCGACUUAGUGGGCCCACGGGACCAUGGCAAGGAGGGCGCUAACGGUCCAAAGCUGACAAAGAUCUCAUCAAUUGCAACCAAGAGGUUUUCUUACCUUGAUAAUUUGGGUGGAACAAGAAGCCCAAUAGCUAGACACUAGCUGAUAUAGGGGUGAGGAUAGAUGGAUCAUGCUGCCAGGAAGCCUUUGGAAGAAAAUUUGUACAUAGCACAGAUGUCCAAAGCAUCAUGACAUUUGGAAUUGGGGGAUUCUGAGGUUGUCUAAACUAACUCAGAGGAAGUUUUGGUGCAUGAGGCCAUGCCAAUGAAGUCUUGGCAUGCUUACAAGAAAUAGUCAUAAGAUCAAAACUCAUGAACUGACCCUCAAGGCCUGUGAGAUUUGUGCUUGUCUGUUUCGGGGGAAAGAUUGUAUUUCCCUAGUAGCACCUUGUUCAGUUGAACUUUAUUUCUGGGACAUGGAAAAUGGGGCAAAAAUCGUAUGACUUCCAUAA